UGCACAAGUAUAUCUUUUUGAAUCGGCCAUGUCAAACGCGCAGAGGCCGGGGCUCAAGUCUCGGGCAAUGCCACCACCAAGCACGAUGCGUCGCGGACUCAAUCGCGCACACACAGCGACACCAUCCAUGAACGGCCGCGCCUCACCAGCAGAUUCCAUCGCAUCCUCGCGGGUACGCUCACCCGCCGGCUCUGUGGCCUGUGGUAAACGAAAGGAGCGUGACUUUGAUCGUGAUUCAGGCGAAGGCGCCAAUAUCAAUGUCGUCGUCCGCUGUCGAGGGCGGAGCGAUCGUGAAGUCCGCGAAAACAGCGGCGUUGUCGUGAGAACGGAUGGACUCAAGGGCAAUUACGUUGAACUUUCCAUGGGACCAAGCGCAUUAAGUAACAAGACAUAUACCUUCGACAAGGUCUUCUCUCCGGCUGCAGAUCAGAUUAUGAUCUUCGAUGAAGUGGUCUCGCCCAUACUAGACGAAGUGCUGUCUGGCUUCAACUGCACGAUCUUCGCAUAUGGGCAAACCGGCACAGGCAAAACAUACACCAUGUCGGGCGACAUCUCGGAUACUGUUCCCGUUCCUGACAGUGCAGGUAUAAUACCGCGAGUAUUACAUUCCUUGUUCGCAAAGCUGGACGGAGAUAAUGAGUCAGAAAACUCCGUCAAGUGCUCCUUCAUCGAGCUAUACAAUGAAGAGCUGCGAGACUUGCUAUCAGCCGAUGACAGCGUCAAGCUGAAGAUCUAUGAAGAAAACAACAAGAAGGGCCACGUCACAACAAUGGUUCAAGGAAUGGAGGAGUCACACAUUGUCUCUGCAUCAAAGGGAAUCCAGCUACUUCGCGAAGGAAGCCACAAGCGACAGGUUGCCGCGACAAAGUGCAAUGACUUAAGUUCUAGAAGUCACACGAUUUUCACAAUCACCGUUUACAUGAAGCGGACGGCAGACACGGGCGAGGAGUUUGUGAGUACCGGAAAGCUCAACUUGGUUGAUUUGGCCGGAAGUGAGAAUAUUCAGCGAAGUGGAGCUGAAAAUAAACGUGCAACGGAGGCGGGCUUAAUCAACAAGAGCUUGCUCACUCUAGGCCGUGUUAUUAACGCCCUUGUUGACCGCAGUAGUCACAUUCCCUAUCGGGAGUCGAAGCUCACGCGCCUACUGCAAGAUUCGUUGGGAGGACCGACCAAAACAUGCAUCAUUGCGACCCUGUCGCCUGCGAGGAGCAACUUGGAGGAGACGAUCUCGACUCUUGAUUAUGCCUUCCGGGCGAAGAACAUCCGGAACAAGCCCCAAGUUAAUGCUAUGGUCUCCAAGAAGACGAUGCUAAAGGAAUUUACGCACGAGAUUGAGAAGCUAAAGAGCGAGCUGAUAGCGACGCGACAACGAAACGGCGUUUACCUCACACAAGAGGCUUACGACGAGUUGACAAUGGAGAAUGAGUCUCGACGAAUUCUGACCGAUGAACAGAGAGACAAGAUUCUAGCAAUGGAGAUCAAUCUGCGCAAUAAAGUGCAGGAGCUUUUCACAUUGACCACAAACUUCAACAAUCUCAAAAAGGACAACGAGAUGACGAAGAUGAUGCUCGACGGCACAAAGACUAUUCUUGAGAAAACGGAAGCAGUUCUUGAUCAUACACGGCGGAACCUGGCUGACGAAACUGCAUUGCGGAAAGCUCAUCAGGAGACCGAGGAGAACCUUUACGCUGUGGGCACGGACUUGCUUUCUACGCUUAGUCGAACGACGACGGACAUCGAUGCUCUUCAUUCGAAAUUGAGGAGACGGUCGCAUUUGCACUCCGCGAAUCGACAACACUGGAGCUCUGCGCAGUCACAAGUGUCCAACACAACACGCCUCGUCGAAGAUCGGUUGAGCGCGCUUCAGGAACAUCAAGAAAACCUCAUUGAAAGUCUAACGCAGCGCAUGCAAACUUUCGUGCAGGACGAGCUGCAAAAACUGAAAGAUUCCCAGGAGAUGCUGCAAGAAAAGGCACGAGCAUUCGGGAAGUCGCACGCUGAAGUCAAUAGUCAGACGGCAAAGUCCCGUGAUGAUGUUAAUGGUGUUCUGGAAGAGAUCAAGCUCCUCCGCGAAGAAGUUAAGACUAAGGUUGGCGCAGGACUGAAUGAUCUUUCGGCUGCGGCAGAAAGGAUAUCUGCCGGGAUCUUGACGGAGAUCGAUGCGUUCCACGCUCAACUGCACACUUCCUAUGCCUCCCUCGGCAAAGACUUCAAGACGACGUUUGACGACCUUGUCCGACGGCUUAAUGAGCAGCAAUCCGAAGCUGAGAAGCUGCAAGAUCAGAUAGUUAAGGCAAACGAAGAACUAGCACUGAGGAACAACGAAGCUGAGGCUAGAUUGGCUGCAUUGAUAGAGGAGGAGCAGCAGCAACAGGCCACUGAGCGAGAAGCAUUGAUGUCUCAGAUUUCGGCGCUGAUCAACUCGACAGCCAAGAAGCAGCAGGAUCGUGUCGCCACAGCCCUAAGCAGCGUUCGCUGCCAGAUGGACCAAAGCCGUGCCGCCCAUGGACAGGUUCACGAAGCGUUCAUCACUGGCAGCCAAUCAUGGUCGGCACAAGCGCAGGCGUUGGUAAGCAGUGUGGUGGAAUCUAGAGAAAGUGUGAAGACAAAGAUUAAGUCUGACUUUGCUGUUGCAAACACCAACACAGAAUCUCUGCGAUCGGUCACAAAGUCGGUCCACAAUUCGACUGUGCAGACUGUCAAGGAGCAAAUGCAGCACCUGGACACUCAACUUAUGGGGCUUGAUGAGAUCGUAAGCCGUAUUCAAGAGCACAACAAUACGCAUCACGAAGCGCAUUCCGCUUCGCUUGCAAUCUUAAGCUCCGAUGUACAGGCAUCGUACAAGAAUAUCGGCGAGCACUUCCAGACGUCUUUCGUGAGAAUUGAAGAGCUUGAUUCAGACAUGGCCGAACGUGCCUCUGCUUUGCAAGAGACGCUUCCGUCUUUGGGAGCAGGGUCCGAUAUUCGAGAACCACUGUCUAGCUUGCGAGCAGAAUUAGAGGCCGAUGCGCUUGAGGAAUACAAGAUCACUGGGCAGACCCCGCAGCGCACGCAGUACAACUACCCGCGCAAACUGCCUCGUACUGAGCAGCACGAGGUCAUACUAGCUAAGCUACACGGUUCGCCGCUUGGCUCGCCGAGCAAACGCAGCCCGACAAAGGCACCCGUUUUCACGGACUCAUCCUCCGACUUGUCUGCGGCGUCCCAUUCGGCUACUUCCAGUGGUGGAGCCACCACACCCGGUUUGAGAGAAGUAGACAUCAACAUUGUCGCCGCCCCCGCUGACGUGCAGAGCAGCACCGCAGAUAAGGACGGCUUGGGUGCUCUAGGGAUGCCUCCUCUGAAGAGGCAGCACCCGAACUCCGGGUCGGAUUCGAAGCUGCCUGGUCCGAAAAAGCGGGCCACCAGGAUGACGGUUGCAGGGAGCGCUGCGGAGAAGCUGGCGAGCGGCGAGAGAGAGAACUUGACCGUAGAUCUGAGCAGAAGCGUUGGAGCUGGAGCAAUCCAUCCGGGCAUUGGACGGCGACUGAGGAGUCACAACAGCGGGUAGGAGACAAACAUCGUCUUCGGCGAACAUGCUGGAACCUGGCGUCGGUGGAGCUUUCUCAUCAGGCCGUCUUGUUUUAAGGGAUACCCACAAGUCGUUGUCUUUUUGAGCUUUUUUCGUGCCAUUUUAGAUGUGGAAGCAUAUGAUUUUUGUUCCCUCUUCCUUUGACCACCCACUGGGCCAAUCUCAAUUCCCUUCUCUUUUUUUUUCCUUUCCCUCGUCGCGUCCGUAUCCGCACGUGCUGUUUCCCCUGCCUGGAGUUGACCUGGC